AUGGCGGACUUUGAAAAGAUCAUAGUUGUGUUGGUGUUAACUUUCGCUGUUGUGUCAGCGACCAACGCCGAUCCGUGCAAGAGAGAAGCUACUUGCGAGCUUGCUAUUUCCGACACCUGCCUCGGCACUCGCCUGUCGCAUACCUAUACAUCUACUAUACUGGCGAACGACUCUUCUAACCAGGAAGAGGCCCGAGUGAAACUUGCGAUGUGGAGGGGACUUCAGAACGUCCCAAAGUGUUGGGAAGUCAUUCAGCCACUGCUCUGUUCUAUCUAUUUACCAAAAUGCGACCCGGAUACUGGUUUGGUAGAGUUGCCGAGUUUGGAUAUGUGUUCGGUGACAAGAGACCCUUGCAGGAUUGUGGAAACUGAAAAAGGGUGGCCGUCGUUUAUGAAAUGCGACCAAAGUCAUUUCGAAGUUGGAUGCGAGAACACCUUUUCACAGUUGACAUUCAAUACAACAACCGGUUGUGAAUCCCCAUUGGUUGAAACGGACAAUAAAAAGAGUUGGUACGAGAAUGUUGAAGGCUGUGGAAUUCAGUGUAAGAAUCCAUUAUUUACUGAUGAUGAACACAACCAUGUCCAUCUGUUCAUCGCCGUCAUGGCAUCGCUUUGCUGCGCUUCUACAUUCUUCACAUUGGCUACCUUCUUUGCUGAUUGGAAGAACUCCAAUAAAUAUCCAGCUUUGAUAUUAUUUUACAUGAAUGGGUGUUUCUUUGUUGGAAGUAUUGGUUGGUUGGCUCAGUUUACAGAGGGCGCUAGAGACGAUAUAGUCUGUCGUAAAGACGGAACAUUACGAUUGUCGGAACCGAGGUUCAUCACGUUCAUCAUGAUGAUUAGAAUUUAUUUUGUUGAUUCCACCACAGGUCUGGUCACCUUAUGCAGUGUUAACAAGAACACUGAACUACUGAAUGACAGAGCUUCACAUAAAAUUAGAGAAACUAUAAUACGAAUCGGGGUGUUUGCUUUUCUAUGUUUUUUGUUUGUGUUUACAACAUUUGCGUGCCACGUGUAUGAUUUCACCAACCAAGCACAAUGGGAGAAGGGAUUCCGGGACUAUAUUCUAUGUGAGGCUAAUGUAACAAUAUACAAAGAAUUGAAUAUUGAACCGAUCACAUGUUCAAUCAGUCCAAGACCAAGUCUAGUAAUUGUGCUGAUUCAUCUGUCAUCUGUAUUUGGUGCCGGUAUCGUAAUGAGUACAUGGGUAUGGACAUCAUCUACAUUACAAAUAUGGCAUAGAACAUGGCGCAAAAUUACAAAUCAACCAAUCAAUGAACCCCAGAGAGUGAAGAAAAGUCGAAUGAUUGCUAAAGCGUUUGUUCGCAGAAUGCAGAGAGGUGCUGCUGAUAGUAACAAUAGUGAUGAUGAGAAAAUAUCAAUCAGUUUUGAGACAGUGUCACAUGAUGACCCCUUGGGUAUGAGUUUGGAAUUAAAUAAAUCUUGUACAUCUACCGAUAGUUCAUCUCAAUGGACUAACGUGCCAACAAGGAUGUUAACAAGACGAGGUGCAACUAUCUUACCACCGUCUUCUUCAACAUCUACUACACCAACUCCAGAACCAUAUGAAAGCAGACUAGCAACUCCUGAAAACGAUGCAGAAACAGGUCUGUUACCAGAGUACAAACCAAACCGAGAACGCAGCGGACAAAAGAGCAGACCCAGAACAAGGAGAAAGAAAAGAGUGAAAUCUGCUCAGACAUUUCAUGGUCCAACCCUUCAAAGUCAAGAAGCAUUCGGUAGUGCCGAAGAUUUACAAACAGAAUUUAUACUUACCACAAUAAACAAUAAACCAUCGCGACUGAACGGCGACAGCGAUAUGACAGACAAUAAAUCCACAGUGCCGAAAUUGCCAGCGAUUGCUAUGAAUCGUAGAGUGAAUAUUGUUGAAAGCAAAUUUGAUCCUCUCGGGAUGGGCAUACCAGGACAGAGUGAUGCAUAG